UUCAUGCCACCUCUAAACCCUACCGCACCAGUAGUCCCCUUUCCCGUCUCACUGUCGGCCAUCGCUUCUUCCUUGGCAGCAUCCACCGUCUCCGUCGCCGUUCCCGGAAAUUUUUUCUUCUUCUGAAAUCUCCGAAAGAUUCUUGUGCUGUAAUAAUGGUGGGUCUUUCUGUUGGGGAGCAACACUUCAUUAAAGGAGGGAUUGCUCAAGAUCUCCGAUCCGAUGGUCGGAAACGGUUGACUUACCGUCCUAUCUAUGUCGAAACCGGUGUUAUUCCGCAGGCUAAUGGUUCCGCGAGGGUGAGGAUGGGUGGAACCGACGUGAUUGCCAGUGUGAAGGCUGAAAUUGGGAGGCCGAGUUCAGAUAAAGGAAAGGUCGCCAUUUUCGUUGAUUGCAGUCCCACCGCAGAACCAACAUUCGAGGGCAGAGGGGGUGAGGAGUAUUCUUCUGAGCUUGCUUUAGUUCUUCAACGAUGUCUGCUUGGGGGCAAAAGCGGGGCAGGUGCUGGAAUAGAUUUAUCUUCCCUUGUCAUUAAAGAAGGAAAAGUUUGUUGGGAUCUCUAUAUCGACGGGCUUGUUGUUAGUUCAGACGGGAAUCUAGUGGAUGCCUUGGGUGCUGCCAUUAAGGCUGCUUUAACAAACACUGCUCUUCCAAGAGUCCAAGUAGCAGCUGAAAUGGCAGAUGGAGAGCAGCCGGAAAUUGACAUCAGCGACGAAGAGUAUCUACAGUUUGACACUUCCUCUGUUCCAGUCAUAGUGACAUUAACAAAAGUAGGAAAGCACUAUAUAGUCGAUGCGACAGCAGAAGAGGAGUCCCAGAUGAGCUCAGCUGUGUCCAUAUCCAUUAACCGGGCUGGUCAUAUAUGCGGAUUGACCAAACGGGGAGGUGCUGGCUUAGACCCGAGUGUUAUCCUCGACAUGAUAUCCGUGGCCAAGCAUGUGACGGAUACGCUGAUGAGCAAAUUGGAUUCAGAGAUAUCGGCUGCCGAGGCCCGAGAAGACGAGUCAUGACUCCUGUCUCUAUCUGAUUCUUGAAACAAGUUGGAGUCUUUAACUUGUUUUCCUCCGAAGCUGUUUCGUGGUCAGAGUUCUUGAGGAAAAGGGUAUAUGCAGAUAUCGAUAUUUUGGAUCAAUCAACUUGUAUUUUAGCGGAUCAAAUCGUCUGUGAAUUACGCAAGGAAGAUUUUCUGUGCUCGAGAACAGAUAAGCUGAUGGAAUCUUGGGUUUUUUUUUUACCUUUUCGUUUGGAUCUUUUGUUUCCCGUUUCUUCUCGGUGUU